AUGAUUGUUUGGGUUCAAUUGCCGGCCCUAAAAGUCCAUUUCUAUCACAAGGAGGUCUUGAUCACCCUCAGCAACUUGAUCGGUCACACGAUUAAGUUGGACUUUCAUACUUUAAACCGACAACGUGCUAAGUUUGCCCGAUUGGCGGUAGAAGUUGAUCUGGGAAAACAUCUUGUUCCGAGAAUAUGGCUAGAUGAAGAAUGGCAGAAGGUGGAAUAUGAAAACCUUCCAACGGUGUGCUUUGAAUGCGGAAAAAUUGGGCAUAUGUCGACAGAGUGUCCACAAUUGCUUCCUCCGGUCGCUCCCGCGAUCGGUUGGGCGUCAGGUGGGGCGGCGACAGCUAGCACGCCGGCGAAGGAACCAGAGGAGCACCUAGGUUUCGGACCAUGGAUGCUGGUCAGCCGGAAAAGUAGGCGUGAUCCUCGUGUGGGUACUGGUAAGGGAAAGUCGAAUCUGGGAAAUGGCGGGGUGAUUCCUACACCUAUGAUCAAAAAAGGAAAGGAAGGUGCGAUAUCAAAGGAGACCGACCAUCAUGCCAAUAGCAGCAAGUCUUCCCAUAUUUCGAAGCCCCAAGAAGGGAAAGGAGGCAACGGGAAGAAAAGUGGGGAAGAGGUGAGGAAAGGUAAAGAGAAGGCGGUUUUUAUUCCCGCCAGGACAGACAAGGGCCUCCUUGGGCCAGGGCCAAAUAAUCAAAACAUGGCGGGCCUUGGUGUUAAGCCCACGAAAGCCUCCAAUAUAGCCUCCUCGUCAACCAACCCCAUUAGCCCCCAAGGACCCUCUAAGUCUGGGCCAUUAAAGAGUGGGGAGACUGCUAGAUCCUCAGCCCCAAAGCCAGCCUCGGCCACCAGCUCAAUUCCCCAGCCCAUCCAUGUGAUUAGCGGCCCAAAUAGGACCACAAUGCAUAUUAUGGAAGUUCAAUCGCCUGAGUAG